CCUUCACUGGGGGGUCCACAGCGGACAUGCGGCUCACACAUGAACCAGGACCCGUCCUCCUCCACCCGGCUCAUCUGACUCUGAAUGGGGAUGAAGUGUGACGGCAUGCUGCAGCUGGCAGCCCAGGCUUUCCGGGCGAAAAACUUCGACCUAGCGGCGGAGAUCUACGAGUGCCAGUUAGCGGGAGCCGGAGACCCGAGGAGCCGGCAGGAGCUGAUGGUCAAGCGGGCAGAUGCGCUCGCCUUCGGGGGCAAAUUCACGGAGGCGUUCGACGUGUACCGACAAGCCUCGGAAAUAGACAGACUGAGACCCGUGCACCUGGCCAACCUCCUGGACUACCUGUCGGACAGGAUCAGGAGGCGAGACCGAGGAGGGCAGAGCCGACCCGCGGGGCCGGCGGAGGCGGCGGAGGGAGCCGCCGGGCGCCGGUACCAGGACGCGUGGUGCCGGAUCUGUCUGAGCUUUCUGUUCGAGCCGGUGACCCUGACGUGCGGACACUGUUUCUGUAAGAAGUGUCUGGAGAGGGAGCGGAAGGACAAGGACAAGGAGCGGCCGGUCCCGUGUAAGGAGUGCGGGGACAGCUCGGUCCAGAGUUACCGGGUCAAUGUGGUCCUGAGCAGCCUGCUGGCCAAGUGGUUCCCCCGGCUGCAUGAGGCCGGCCGGCUGAGGAGGGAGGGCAACGGGCUGUACGCCGAGCGGAGGAUGGAAGCGGCACUGGACAAAUACGACCAAGCCAUACUGACAGCACCCAUGGACCACAUACUGUUCAGCAAUCGCUCCCAGAUCCACUCCAGCCUGAGGCACUAUGACAAGGCUCUGAGAGACGCUGAGAUGGCCUGCAGACUGAUGCCGCACUGGCCCAAGGGUCAUGUUCGUAAGGCCCAGGCCCUGGUGUCGCUGGGUAGGACUGAGGAGGCCCUGAGGGAGUACCUGGUCUGUCUGUCCUUAGAACCCGACUGCAGAUUGGCCAAAAUGGAAGCGUACAAGCUCCUCAGUGAUCUCCUGGCUCCGGUCACUGAUCAGGUCCCUGAACACAUUUCAGAUUACACCAACAUACUGUCUUCCAGAGUACACAUUAAAAGCACCAUCAAUGCACCUUCGCAGCGCUUCAGCCUUGACCAUUUGUCUGCAGAGCCUAGUCUUCUCUCCACUUCCCCUCCACUUGAAACCCUGGAUGGCAGACAAGUCAAACAUCAGGGCAACGUGGAAGCUAGGAGAUCAGAACACUGUUUCCCUCUGAAACGGAAACGAGGAAGCCCAGAAAAAGAGGCAGAGCAGGGAGGACAGGAAUGGAACGACAACCACAAGAGACCCAAAUCUGAACCGACAGAGGUGACUAAGGUGAACUCUGUAGUCGGUGACAUCUUAGACCCAGCAGAUGUGGAAUGUUCACUUUGUAUGAGACUGUUCUAUGAGCCGGUGACGACACCGUGCGGUCACACAUUUUGUCUUCAGUGUUUGGAGAGAUGUCUGGACCACAAUCCAAAGUGUCCACUCUGUAAAGAGGAGCUGUCUGAGUAUCUUGUCCAGAGGCAGUACUGUAAGACAGUACUAAUGGAGAACCUGAUCUCCAAGUAUCUACCUUCUGAGCUCACGGAAAGACAGAAAAUCCACCAGGAGGAGAUGGCUGAGUUCUCCAAUCUCAACAAGAAUGUGCCUAUAUUUGUGUGCACCAUGGCCUUCCCCACUGUGCCGUGCCCUCUCCAUAUCUUCGAGCCCUGCUACAGACUGAUGAUUCGCCGAUGCAUGGAGACGGGGACCAACUGCUUCGGCAUGUGUCUGGGAGAUGAUCUGAAAGGGUUUGCAGACUAUGGAUGCCUGCUAGAGAUCCGCGAUGUGAAGUUCUUCUCUGACGGACGCUCUGUCGUGGACACCAUUGGCAGACGGAGGUUUAAAGUCAUUCAGCACAGCGAGAGGGACGGUUAUAAUACAGCUGAUAUCGAAUACCUGGAGGACAUCAAGGUAGAGGGCGUGGCAGAGCGUGAGCUGCAGUCUCUCCAUGAUGCAGUGUAUGACCAGGCCCUGGUUUGGGUCAACUCCCUGAAGGCUGAGCAGAAGGAACGCAUUGAAGGCCACUUUGGACCCAUGCCUGACAAAGACCCUGAGCUUCAGGCCAGUCCCAAUGGGCCGUCAUGGUGUUGGUGGUUACUCGCCGUUCUUCCGUUAGAAGGCAGAGCCCAGCUGCCCUUCCUGGCCCUCACCUCUCUGAAAGAUCGCCUGAGCGGCAUCCGCAAGGUGCUGCUCUUCAUGGCCCAAAGCCAACACCGGUGACAUUCUGUCGCCAGGAAUCCACCAUCUCUUGAAAAAUGCAGUAAAAUUCUCUCUAACACCCUCCACACCAAGCAGCACCUGACCUGCUGUUUUCCUUUUGAUGAUGCAUCUUCCCAUCAUUGGACUACACCUGCAUAUCAACAGCAUUACAGCAGAGCAGCUCACAAAAAUGGAAAUCGAAAAGACUCUGAAACUACAUUCAGACAAGAGGACGAACAACAUUUCAUUAUGCAUCCAGGUUCCAAUUUGGGUUUUUUUUCUUCAAUGUCCUCCAUGACUGUAACACUUCCUGGUUAAAUCCGCAUGACUACAAACAAAAGAAAUUACAAAAAUGUAUUUAGCUUCAGAACUAAGAUAAAGCAAACAUCCUGCAGCAUUAAUACCCACUCAGUGCAACUCAACAAAUGAGAACUCUGCUAUAGUCUUCAAGUGUACAUAGAACUGCAAGAGACCAAACUAUGAAUUUGCCUUUUUGUGUCAUGCACUUACAGUAGGGGAGUGAAUAAUAACAGUAAUUAAGCUGAUCAAAUACAACUGAAUCUAGAAACAUAUUUAUCCGCUGAAAACAUGUAAAUGUCCAUUAGAUGGAUAUGAUAAAGAAUUAGGAUUACUAUUCUGCCACCUUACAGCUAUUCUGGUCUUCCUUUCUUGCUUCCUAAAUCUUUACAUUGGCACGCUCUUGUUCUUGUAAUUAUUUUUAUGUUAAGUUUUUCCAUUAUUUAUUUUUUUUCAUUAUUUAUGCAUGCAGAGACAUUGUUUACAUUUGAUAUUAACAGAUGAUGAGCUGCUCACUUUCCAAAGUCUUUUUUUCUGUUUUUUUUUUUUUUUUUUUUCCUUCCAUUUGCCCCCAAACGCUUAGACAGCAAUAAAACCUGAAGGAAAAAUACCAUGUUUUUAUUCACACUCAACCAGUUUGGAGUAACAGUAUGGAGUUACACAGGGCAAAGGCAAUCUCAAAUUGAGAUUGUCUGUCUGAAUAUCUCUUUUCAGGUCAGUGGUGACCCAUUCUCAUGGAGUGUGUUUAUUACACUUGCACAAUAUUGAGUUAACAUAGUUGGAUUCCCUUACUGUCAUCAGUCUGUUUAUUUAAGAAACUUUUGUAACUCUUGCGGUGCAGUAAGCUGUUAAAUCCUUCCAAACAAUGCCAUCAUGGCUGUGUAUUUAUUCAGUAUUUAUUCAGACUUAUUUUGCAUAUAAGGGAAAGAAACAGUGCAAGCAGGCCGAGAUGUAUUUUGACUUGAGUCUGAAAAUUUGAAAGUAAAAGAAAAGAUGAGCAAAACCUUCUGGUAGAUAAAUUGAUUAUGAUAAAUGUGGCCCUAAAGUGUGAGCCAACAUUCACUAGUUGAAUUAAUUCUAAAGGCAAGUGCCUUCUAACCACAGAAUAUGUGGUAGGACUUUACAUGUGCAGUAAAAGAUCCCGGUAGCAUCUUCAAUAUGUUUAAUUUCCCCUGUUUUGUAAAAGGCACACAUGAAAAUGAAAACAAAUGUAAACUUGAGACAAUGAAUACCUACAAACAUAUUUUUUUGACAAAUAUAUUCUUUUGAAAACUAUCGAGGCCUUUAUGUCUGUAACAGGACUGUUUUUCAGUGGCAAAAGCAAAUCUCUGAUUGUUGAGCUUUGCCUUCAAGAGUCAUCUUUUAUUUUACCUACAUGUGUUUGAUUUCACAUUUCUAUGUCAAUCAGGUUCUUUUUGUUUUCACGUUUGGUGUAUUUGUCUCUGUAUUUCAUGUGUGUGUACAUGAAGUGUCAUGUUAAACAAAUGACAUUCAUUGUUUUGUAUUGAAAGGGCCAAAGCCAUGUAAUGCUGUUUUUUUUGUGUUUUUUUUAAAGAGAGGAACUUAUAAAUCACCCCAGUGUAAUGCAAUCUUUUGUAUUUCCCCCACAAUAACUCAUUGAUAUUGUGUCAAUGCAUUAUUAUUAUUAUAUACGGUGGCAAUAUGAUGUAGAAUCAAACAGCAAUACUGCACACAAUACUGUUCAAUUAUACACGAGUGAAUCGUUGUAAUAACUGUAUUGGAAGAUUUAUGGAAGUUUUGAAAAAUGUAUUUCUGAAAAGAGAAUGUAAAGUUUGAAGGAAUGCCUCAAGUUAAAUUAAAGUUUAAAUGAGGCAUCCACCAAGUUUAGCAUCAAUGGCCCGUGACAGUUGAUACUGUCAGUAGUUACUAUUUAGAAGUAAUACUUCGAUCUAUUUUGUACAGGCUGCAUCCUCUAAGAGCUGGAAUAAGGGCACAGUUGUCACAUAGCGUACAGGGCUAUUGUAUGAAAUCAGCUUCCUAUUUUGUAAAUCCUCCAAUAGGUGUUGCUAUUUGGAGAAUUCUAUCACAGCUUCAGCAAAAUAAGGCUUUUUUUCUGCGUACUGUAUUCCCAGAUUCUAAGUCCUCUAAACGGACCUUUCUCUAACGUAGGGUCAGGGCCCAAAAUGGGUCGCAGACCAGUUUUUAUUGGGUUGUCAUUUGGUAGA